AAAAAGUGAGACGCGUGCCCUAGCGUCUAUUGCUCUCUAUUCUAGGGUUUACACAUUCUCUCGAUUCGAUUCGGGUCAAGGGUUUUGUGUUUUAAAUUUGUGCAUUAGGGUUAGGGUUGGGAUUAGGGUUGGGGCUGGGGUGGUUUCAUGGGGACAGAGAGGAAGAGGAAGGUAAGCUUGUUCGAUGUGGUGGACGAGACCUCAAUCUCCGCCAAAAUCUCCAAAUCCAACGGCAGUGGUGCCAUCAACAACAACAACAAUAACAAUCUCGUCAACAGAUGGAAUGGACGCCCCUACUCGCAGAGGUAUUACGAGAUUCUGGAGAAGAGGAGGACUCUUCCAGUUUGGCACCAAAAGGAGGAGUUUUUGCAGGUUCUCAAGGCCAACCAAUCCCUAAUCUUGGUUGGUGAAACUGGUAGUGGUAAAACAACUCAGAUUCCUCAGUUUGUUUUGGAAGCUGUUGAUAUAGAAACUCCAGACAAACGCAAGAAGAUGAUGAUUGCCUGCACCCAGCCCCGUAGAGUUGCAGCAAUGUCUGUGUCUCGUCGUGUUGCUGAAGAGAUGGAUGUAACGAUUGGAGAAGAAGUUGGUUAUAGCAUUCGUUUUGAGGACUGCAGUAGUGCAAGAACAGUUUUGAAGUAUUUAACAGAUGGUAUGCUUUUAAGAGAAGCCAUGACUGACCCACUGUUGGAGCGGUAUAAAGUAAUAAUUCUUGAUGAGGCUCAUGAAAGAACUUUGGCAACAGAUGUUUUGUUUGGGCUUUUGAAGGAGGUUCUGAAAAAUAGGCCUGACUUGAAAGUCGUUGUAAUGAGUGCUACUCUUGAGGCUGAAAAGUUCCAGGGUUAUUUCAAUGGUGCUCCUCUUAUGAAGGUUCCUGGCAGGCUUCACCCUGUAGAAAUUUUCUACACCCAGGAGCCUGAGAGAGACUAUUUGGAAGCUGCAAUUCGGACAGUUGUGCAGAUACACAUGUGUGAAGGUGCUGGUGACAUACUUGUUUUCCUUACUGGGGAAGAGGAGAUUGAAGAUGCUUGCAAAAAAAUAUCAAAAGAAAUUGCAAAUUUGGGGGAUCAGGUGGGGCCUGUGAAAGCAGUGCCUCUGUACUCAACACUUCCUCCCGCCAUGCAGCAGAAGAUAUUUGAACCCGCUCCACCACCACUGACGGAGGGUGGUCCUCCAGGAAGGAAAAUUGUUGUCUCAACCAACAUUGCAGAAACUUCAUUGACCAUAGAUGGCAUAGUAUUUGUUAUUGAUCCGGGGUUUGCUAAACAAAAAGUUUACAACCCACGAGUGCGUGUUGAAUCUUUGUUAGUAUCUCCAAUAUCAAAGGCAAGUGCACACCAGAGAUCUGGACGUGCUGGUAGAACUCAACCAGGGAAAUGUUUCAGGCUUUAUACAGAGAAGAGUUUUAACAAUGAUCUUCAGCCACAGACCUACCCAGAGAUACUGCGAUCAAACCUUGCAAAUACGGUCCUCACCUUGAAAAAACUUGGGAUUGAUGAUCUUGUCCAUUUUGAUUUUAUGGACCCUCCUGCCCCUGAGACAUUGAUGCGAGCACUAGAGGUGUUAAAUUACUUGGGAGCUUUGGAUGAUGAUGGAAACUUGACCAAGUUGGGUGAAAUAAUGAGUGAAUUUCCUUUAGAUCCUCAGAUGUCCAAGAUGCUUGUUGUCAGCCCUGAAUUCAACUGUUCCAACGAAAUUCUGUCUAUUUCAGCCAUGCUCUCAGUACCCAAUUGCUUUGUCCGGCCUAGGGAGGCUCAAAAAGCUGCAGAUGAAGCGAAAGCUCGGUUUGGGCACAUCGAUGGGGAUCACCUUACACUCUUGAAUGUGUACCAUGCAUACAAGCAAAACAAUGAAGAUCCAUCUUGGUGUUACGAAAAUUUUGUCAAUCAGAGGGCAUUGAAGGCUGCAGAUAAUGUGAGACAACAGCUAGUGCGCAUCAUGGCCAGAUUCAACCUCAAAUUAUGCAGCACAGAUUUCAACAGCCGGGACUACUACAUCAACAUAAGAAAGGCUAUGCUAGCUGGAUAUUUUAUGCAGGUUGCUCACCUGGAGCGCACUGGGCACUAUUUGACAGUGAAAGACAACCAAGUGGUACACUUGCAUCCUUCAAAUUGCCUUGAUCACAAGCCAGAGUGGGUGAUUUACAAUGAGUAUGUUUUAACCAGCAGGAAUUUUAUUCGCACAGUUACAGAUGUUCGUGGUGAAUGGCUAGUUGAUGUGGCGCCACAUUACUAUGAUCUUGCAAACUUCCCUAAUUGUGAGGCAAAGCGUGUCCUGGAGAAGCUUUACAAGAAGCGGGAGAAAGACAGGGAGGAGAGCCGGAACAGAAAAUAACAGCUGUACUUUAUUUUAUCUCAUUUUUUGGGGGUAGAAAAAGAAGUGCAUGAAGAAAAAUAUUGAAUAUUUACACAGUGGAGCCCAAAUUGUCGGGGAAAAAUGUUGGAACAAGUUUGCGAAGUUAAUGUACCAUUUGUGGGAGUAGUUUUUUCUUUAUUUCUAUGGAUUUGUGGAAGUAAUUGUAGUAUCUAAAGUUUGGUAUUGUAUUAAUUGGCCAAAAUUCUUAUUUGGUUGUCACCUUAAUAUUUCUCGUCUAGGUAUUUUAACAUUUGUGAAGAUAAAGAGUUACAUAUGAAUGCAUGAGAAUUUCUACCUGCAA